GAGGCCCCCAGUGAGCAAAGAAACCAAAAAUACCUAUGCUGUUGCAUGAAUUUUAGGUGCAUGAAUUUUCUUUGGCAGGUUGCAGCAACAAUUAAGCAAAGAGCAAUGUUAUGUUGUUGUUUUGCAGCGUUCUCGGUGAAUGCUGGAUUGCAUUCAGAUACGGCAUUGUGAUCAAUGUAUUUUUGAGUGAUGUUUAAAGUCAUUAACAUAUGGCACUCUCGUUUGUCAGAUGGCUCGAACCAAGCAAACUGCUCGCAAGUCUACCGGAGGGAAGGCCCCUACGAAAUUGCUCGCCACUAAGGCUGCUCGCAAGUCUCUCCCCACCGCUGGAGGAGUGAAGAGGCCCCACCGCUUCCGGCCUGGAACUGUUGCUUUGCGUGAGAUUCGCAAGUACCAGAAGAGCACCGAACUUUUGAUCAGGAGGCUGCCAUUCCAGAGGCUUGUCAGGGAAAUUGCUCAGGAGUUCAAGACUGAUAUGCGAUUCCAGAGCCAUGCGGUGCUUGCAUUGCAGGAGGCAGCAGAGGCAUACCUUGUGGGGCUGUUCGAGGACGCCAAUCUUUGUGCCAUUCAUGCCAAGCGCGUGACGAUCAUGUGCAGGGACAUUCAGCUGGCCAAGAGGAUUCGUGGUGAGAGGGCCUGAGCUUGCUGAUGAUGGCCCCGGAUAGUAUCAACUUUGUCUACUACAUUGGAUUCAUAUUUUUAGGAACAACUGGAAAAAACAUUGCCAGUUAAACCUUGCUGCAAUUGCUUUUUUUAGCCUGACUCGUUGUUUCUUAUUAGGAACGUCGAACUGUUAGAUUUUUUUAGCUACAAUAUGUGGUUGAAUACUGGUAUUUUGAUUUGGUGUACUAGAUCAUCUACUGGUGAAUAAAAUUAGCCGUUCGAGCGUCCAUCUUCCUCGGUGGGCCUUCAACAGCAUUAUUUGCUUCUAGUUUA